ACAACGCUAAAGCCAAAACCACUUUUCUCACAUCAAUGUCACCAACCAGCGGAACCUGCAGCAAAAUCCGCCACAUUGUUCGAAUCCGGCAAAUGCUUUUGCGGUGGCGAAAGAAGGCAUGUGCGACGGGGGCUAGCUCGCCAUCGUCGGAUGUUCCCGCCGGACAUGUGGCCGUGUGCGUAGGCGCUAGUAGGAGGAGGUUCAUCGUGCGGACGACGUACCUUAACCACCCGAUCUUCAAGAAGCUUCUGGUGGAAGCGGAAGAGGAGUACGGCUUCUGCACGCAAGGUCCGUUGACGAUCCCGUGUGACGAGUCGCUCUUCGAAGAGGCCCUGCGAGCCAUGUCCAGAUACCCGACCCGACACACGAGCCUCGAGGAUUUGCAGAAUCGUUGCCACGUGGAUGCCUUCGGCAACUUCGAUUAUGUUGGAGGAGACUCUUGGCCGUUGCUUCACGACGCGCCGAUCUGCUGAAGCAUGUUUCCGUUCCAUGCGACUGUACACACUUUGAGAAAUAGCUUGCGAUUGAUUAACUAACUAUUUUUUUUUUUCAAAAAAAAAGGACUGUUUUAUAAUUUUCCCCUGUAACUUUAAACGCUUAGUGAGUUUGUUAUACAUUACUUGUGCUUAGAAGGUGAAGAAAAGGAGAAACUGAGGCCGUUGAAGUGAGCUUAAAGGGAUAAAAAUGGUGGUUGUGUACUUGUGUAUUGUAAAGCAUGCGUAUUGGUCAACUAGAUUUGAAGGCUUUUUGUCUUAACGUGCAUCCUUCUUAGUUUCUCCUUGGCAAAGAAAGUUGCCUUGAUUAAUUGGGUUUACCAAACAAGGCCAUGAUUUCAUUUUAA